CGGAACAGUAUAGUUUCACCUUGGGUGCAUUACGCUGUGCGCAGGCACACAUUUUAUUUUAGCUAGAAAUUUGACUUUCAAAUGUAAGAUAAAUGUCCCUGUAGCAUUACAGCGCGUCGGACUGUUCUUCAAACAGCAAAGAAACAUGAAACAGGACGUCAGGAUACUGCUGUUGGGGGAGCCCAAGGUGGGGAAGACAUCACUCAUUAUGUCUUUAGUUGGAGAAGAGUUUCCAGAAGAGGUUCCCCCCAGAGCUGAAGAGAUCACCAUCCCCGCUGACGUGACUCCAGAGAAGGUGCCCACACACAUCGUGGACUACACAGAAAAAGAUCAGAGUGAUGAAGUCCUUAGAGAUGAGAUAGUCAAGGCUAACGUGGUCUGUGUAGUUUAUGAUGUCACCAAUGAGGAUACGAUAGACAAGAUCAAAACAAAAUGGAUACCUUUAGUCAACGGAGAUGCAGAGAAAGGCAACAAAGUUCCCAUCAUCCUCGUGGGAAAUAAGUCUGAUCUGCGCUGUGGGAGCUCCAUGGAAACCAUUCUCCCCAUUAUGAACCAGUUCUCUGAGAUCGAGACAUGUGUUGAGUGCUCUGCAAAGAACCUGAAAAAUAUCUCUGAGCUUUUCUACUAUGCACAGAAGGCAGUUCUUCACCCCACUGCCCCUCUUUAUGACCCUGAGGACAAACAGCUAAAACCUUUGUGUGUCCGAGCCCUCAGCAGAAUAUUCUUCAUUUCUGACCAAGACAAUGACCGUAUCCUCAGUGACGCUGAACUCAACAGCUUCCAGAAAUCCUGUUUUGGGAAUCCUCUGGCACCACAAGCCUUAGAUGAUGUGAAGACAGUAGUGUGGAAGAACACCAGCGAUGGGGUCCAGGACAAUGGCCUGACUUUAAAUGGUUUCUUGUUCCUUAAUACAUUAUUUAUCCAGAGGGGGAGACAUGAAACCACGUGGACAAUUCUUAGGAAGUUUGGUUAUGACGACAACCUGGAGCUGACUGAUGAUUACCUUUACCCUGAACUACGAGUCCCUGUCGGCUGCACAACAGAACUAAAUCACUUCGGUCAUCAGUUCCUUCAAAGGCUGUUUGAUAAGUACGAUGAAGACAAAGACUCUGCCCUGUCACAAACAGAGCUAAAGAACUUGUUCUGCGUGUGUCCUUAUAUGCCAUGGGGUCCAGAGGUCUACCUGACCGUCCCCACCACAGAUGAGGGCUACAUCUCUAAUCACGGCUACCUUUGUCAGUGGACGCUUUCUGCAUACCUUGACAUUCACCGCUGCCUGGAGCACUUAGGAUAUCUAGGCUACCCAAUCCUUACUGAGCAGGAGUCACAGACUGCAGCAAUCACAGUAACACGGGAGAAAGCUGUGGACCUGGAGAAAUGCCAGACGCAACGAUCUGUGUUUCUCUGCAAGGUGAUUGGACCACGGGGGACGGGCAAGACAGCCUUUCUCCAGGCUUUUGUGGGCCGCAAAGUUGUGAAUAAGGAAAACUCCAGCAGUGCCUUCUCCCCCUAUGCUGUAAACACUGUGAAAGUCAGCAACCAGGAGAAGUACCUUAUCCUCAAUGAGGUGGAUGUAGAGGUGGAGUUCCUGAAGGCAUCAGACGCUUCCUGUGAUGUUGCUUGUCUCAUGUAUGAUGCCAGUGACCCUCAUUCCUUUGACUAUUGUGCCAGCAUUUACAAGCAACACUACAUGGAGAGCAACAUCCCAUGUGUGCUGGUUGCCUCCAAAGUGGACCUUCCUGAAGCCAAGCAGUUCCAUGGGAUGACUCCAGCAGAGUUCUGUUAUAAACACCGUCUGCCUGCACCGCUGCCCUUCUCCAGCCUGUUUCCUGACUCCAGCAGCAAAAGCAUCUACAGUAGGCUUGCCUGGGCAGCUAUGUACCCACACCUGAACAGUUCAGACAUGAGCAGCACAUCAUUCUGGCUGAGAGUGGCAUUGGGCUCUGCUGUUGUUGCAGUUCUUGGCUUUGCUAUCUACAGAGCUGUUGUCAGAGUAAAAUGAUCAACAACUGUCAUCCUGCCGUUUAUCCUGACACUCCAUCCAUCAAGGACAAACCUCCAAGAACAGAUUCAGAACCAUUGCAGGCUGGCCAAAACUAGUCUGCAUAAUUUUACUUUUUUCACCCGGAAGGUCUUCUCAUCUCAACCCUACUCGUUGUCUGACUCCAUCAUUUGGUCCUACUGUCUGAGUCAGUUGAUCCAAGGGCAAAUGGAAGCUUCUGCUCAUAUUAAUCCCCAUGCUGCUGUGCCCAGCUUUAUCUGCCUUACGUUGUCCAACCAGGCUCACUAGGAGUUAGCCUGUCUGUGCUCGCUCGGUGCAUAGAUACAUGAAGAACUGCUCAUGUCCAACCAGGUGCUUUAUCAGAGGGGAGGAAAUCCAGAGAUCUUUUGCCGCCCUCUCAGUUAUCUGUUAAGUGUUAACACUCAAAUUGGAGAGUUUUUAUAUAAUUGCUGUCUCUUAAGUUUAUUAUCACAACAUGCCAAAUUGAGAAGAACCAAAGGGCGCUCCAGAAAGUUUUUAGCAAAGCAAACAUCCUAAACUGCUGCCAGUGAAUCUCUUGAAGGAACUCCUCAAUGAACCACUCUUCCUUUUGAUCACAACAAUAACAAGAAGUUCACACCAGAUUUGCCAAAUAACUCAAGCAGCAAAGAGUGCUUGUAGCAUGCUUGCCUGAAAUUAGAUAUUUUAAUGAUUUUAGCAGGAGGGCCUCCACGUGGAGCUAUGUGCAUGAAAAUGCUUGUUGAUGAAUCUGCAAGAAGUCAGCUAUAAAAGGAAGGCAAGUAAUCUGGUCAAAUUGUGUUCAGUAUGUUUAUCAUCAAAUUGAAAUGAAAUUAAUUUUGAUUGCAGCUGAUAUAAACUGUCAAUCUGUGCUUUUUCUAUAUCCACACCUGACACUGUGCGUACACUUUGACUUGGAUCCAUAGUCUGCCAUCAUCUUGUUUUCCAACAUGAAUCUGUCAUGUCAACACCUGUCCUGUUGCUUUAAUAGGCUGGGGACCUGCUGUGUUCUUCUGCAGGAUACACUUCUGUGAAUUUUAAAAAUAUGGCCGCUUUCUUACUUGAACUGACUGAAAAGCUUAAUAAAAGACCAGAAUGGUUGGGGUCUUUGCCCAUAAGAUGUUA